UUUUGUCGCUGUUUUCAGCGCUUCAAGCCAGCUAUGCUCAAAAUAUUUUGCUGGGAAUUAUAUAGAAAGGUAAUAUUCACAAACUUUUCUAACAGAGACUGUUACUUUUUAACCUUACGAAUCAUCCACAACCAUCACCAGUUCCACCACCAUCACCAGUUCCACCACCACCACCACCACUUCCAUUUUUUCUCUUUUUUUCAAACUUAAACUCGCUUAUAUAAAUACAUACCACAAAAACAAAAACCAAGGAUCACAAACCAGUGAUUCACCACAAAAAAACAAAAAAAAGAAAAACACCCUCAAACCAGAGGUAGUAGUACUAGUAAAAGGGGGCCAAAAAAAAUGGCACAAGCCAUGGAACAAAAGCAUUUCGUUCUUGUCCAUGGAGCUUGCCAUGGGGCUUGGAGUUGGUACAAAAUCAAACCGCUUUUGGAAUCAUCCGGCCACCGUGUCACGGCCCUGGAUCUUGCGGCUUCCGGUAUCAAUGCCAAAUCAAUCAAAGAUGUCCAUUCCAUGGCAGAGUACUCUGAGCCUCUGUUGGAGUUAUUAGCAUCGCUUCCUCAGAAUGAGAAAGUGAUUCUUGUUGGUCAUAGCCUCGGAGGCUUGAACUUGGCCCUUGCCAUGGAAAAGUACCCGGAAAAGAUCUCCGUCGCUGUUUUCAUGACGGCUUUUAUGCCUGAUACUAUUCACCAGCCGUCAUAUGUUCUUGAACAGUACAUUGAGAGGAACCCAUCAAAUGGUUGGAUGGACACUGAAUUCGCCUCCUAUGGGACUCCUGAGAGACCAUUAACGUCGAUGUUUUUUGGUCCCGAUUUCUUAUCAAAAAGACUCUAUCAACUCUCUCCCAUUGAGGAUCUUGAGCUGGCUAAGACUUUGUUAAGGCCCGGAUCGCUUUUUGUGGAAGAUCUAUCUAAUGCUAACAAGUUUACCGACGAAGGAUUCGGGUCGGUCACACGUGUUUACGUUGUUUGCGAUGAAGACAAAGCAAUACCAGUUGAAUUUCAGCGUUGGAUGAUCGAAAAUGGAGGUUUGAAAAACGUGGUGGAGAUCCGUGGUGCAGAUCAUAUGCCAAUGCUUUGCAAGCCAGAGGAACUUCGCGAUUCUUUCAUCAACAUCGCAUACAAAUAUGCCUAAACAUGUUCAAGUCAAGUCGAUAUCUUUGUGCUGCAAAUAGGGAGUAAAUUAUGCGAGACAAAAAAAAUAAAUAAAUAAAGCUCCCCUAUAUAAGUUUGUUUCAUUUCAUUUUUACUUAAUGUAAUCAAAGACUCUAGGAUGUGUUUGAGUCAAGUCGGUAUCUUUGUGCUGCAAAUAGGGAGUAAAUUAUGCGUGACAAAAAAAAUAAAUAAAUAAAGCUCCCCUAUAUAAAUUUGUUUCAUUUCAUUUUUACUUAAUGUAAUCAAAGACUCUAGGAUGUGUUUGUUUUA